CCAGCAGCAAAUUCUGGGAAAAGGCUGAACAUCAGCCGCGUUUCACUGUUCGACCAUCUUUAAAAACUUGGCUGAAUAGGAGGAAGUGGCUCUGACUUCCCCAGGAAAUGGGAAGAGGAAACCCCAGGGCUUUGACCUCACAGGCUGCACCGUGGCCACAAGACGACUCACAGGAGAGGAACGAGAGAGAGAGAACGGGAAGAAGGGAAGGGUGGAGGUUAGGGAGACGGAGAGACAUCGCCUUUUGGUUGAGAUCCACUCUGACUGGAGCGCGACACAAAGUGAAGAGGAAUAAAGAAAACGGAGCGAUUCUGAGGAAACCAGGGUUUUUGGUUUUGGUCCGGGGUGGAGAUGAUCCUGCUGCUCAGAGCUCUGAGCCUCCUGCUCUGCUGCUUCAUGACAACAGCACACACACUGGAUCCUGAUGGGAGGAACGUCUGCUACAAUGCCAGAGACCCCUCCUCUCCUGUUUGUUGUACUGGAUGGCUUCAGCAGGGGGCAGAGUGCACCAUACCUGUGUGUGAGGGUGAACAGGCCUGUCAGAAAGAUGAGAUCUGUGUCUAUCCUGGUGUGUGUCGCUGUCCGCCCGGUUACUAUGGAGCUCAUUGUAAAACACGCUGUCCCCCAGACUUCUGGUCCUCGGACUGCCGUCAGGUGUGUCGCUGUCACCCCAACGGCCGCUGCGACCCCGUCACAGGUGAAUGCACCUGCCACCCCAACCGCUGGGGCCCCCUGUGUCAGAACACCUGCAAGUGCACCCGCCACGGCCACUGCCACCCAGUGCACGGUAACUGCACCUGCGACCAAGGCUGGUGGACGCCCACCUGCUCCAAGCCGUGCCAGUGCGCCAGCGGGACCGCCGUGGGCCCCGGCUGUGAGCAGGCGCGGUGUCGGUGCCAAAGAGGACACUCGGGGCUGAAGUGUUCCUUCGCCUGUAACUGCUUCCUGUUGGCCUGUAACCAGUGGACAGGCGCCUGUGAGUGUGAGCCAGGGUGGUGGGGAUCCGCCUGUGACCGCAGGUGUAACUGUGACCUGACCCACAGCAGCUGUGACCCAGGCAGCGGGCAGUGUCUGUGCCACCCGGGCUACCAGAGUCGCUUCUGUAACAAGUCCUGUGACUCGGGAACGUAUGGAAGUGGCUGUAGAAUGCGUUGUGGACACUGCAAAAACAACCAGGUCUGCUCUGCUACUGAUGGAUCCUGUGCCGCCUGUCAGCCCGGCUGGAAUGGGACUGGGUGUGACCGGCCCUGUCCAUAUGGUCACUACGGCAACGGAUGUCAGGAGAAGUGUCCACGAUGCAGGGAGAACGAGACAUGUGACCCGCAAAAUGGCCGGUGUUUACGUUGUGACCCGGGAUGGACUGGAAUCAGGUUGGUUUGUUUUUGGAAAGUAACACCAGAUGGAAAACAUUUCAGUAAUAGUCUAACAUCGUUUUGUGUGUUUUUAUAUUCAACACACUCACCCAGGUGUGAGGAAACCUGCCCCGACCGGACAUUUGGGGACAGCUGCAGUUUCCUGUGUAACCCUUGUGUCCAUGGUAACUGCCAUCAUGUGACAGGAAGAUGUGUGUGUGAGCCAGGUUUUUGGGGAGAGAGCUGUAACAGCAGCUGCCCCGCCCCGCAGUUUGGCCUCAACUGUUCCUCUGUGUGUGACUGUGGUGAAGGCGUCAACUGCCACCCAGUGACUGGAGCCUGUCCCAGCAGUUCCACAGGUGCUGUGUUGGUUGCUGUGCUGGUUCCUCUGCUCCUCUUGUUGUUGGCUGUGCUCUGCUGCUGUUUGUGUUGUGGAGGGCGGCCUGCUGAAGCCAAAGACAGAGCGAGCUUGGCUGAUGGUGGUGUGUUGGUUCGGAUGAAGUAUCACGUCUACAGUGUCCUGGCCAACAUCAGCGCUUCUCUGCCGUGUAUCUCCAACUGGUCCUCUGGUCUGCCUCGUGUCACUGUGUCUCACCAUGACCCCGAGCUGACCUUCAACCACAGCUUCAUUGAGCCUCCAUCUUCAGGGUGGGUGACGGAGGGCUCGUCUUUCGACAGUGAUGAAGAGGAGGGGGAAGCCCUCUACUGUGUACCUCCGAGGGAGGACAUCCCAGCAGUGGGAGGUGGUGAGUUCCAGGAGAUGAGUUCCAAGUGUAACAUCUUCUUAGACCCUAAUGGCUUCAGUAGUGAGGACAUCACCUCCCCCUUUAACAUUCCUCGCACGUCCAGCAUCGCCAAGUCCAAACGUCCAUCCGUCUCCUUUGCUGAGGGGACCCGCUUCAGCCCCAUGGAGAGACGAGGCUCUGCUCAGGACGCGGGGGCUCUGGCACGCGGCAAACCUAAAUCUGGCUGGGGUAUCGCGAUGCUUUCUGCCCUUCAGAAUCAGGGAAGUGCCACCACAGCUGGGCAGGAGGACGAAGGAGAAGCCACAGAGAUGGAGAAUAACGUAGAUGCAACAGAAGUCCAGGAAACGAGCUGCGAAACAGGAGACCAGGACCCGGACCAAACUCCUUCCAGAACCACCGUGCAGGUGGCGGGUGCUGCAGGAAGGAGACGCACAAUGUCCAACACAGCCGCACAGAAAGGGAACGUGCUGACGACACCUGGUGCUGACGCUCAGGUCAAUAUGUCCAAAAAGGUCACCACGGUGUACGUGACGGUGGGUAAAGCAGGCAGACCUGUGACACAGACCAACUCUGAAGGUCCAGUCCAGGCCAUGCUCAGAAGACUGGGCAGCCUGCAGAGACAGAAGGAGCAGGAAUCAUGUAGGAACAAGACCAGAGGAGGUGAGGUGGUCACCAAACCGCCAAGGAGGAAGCUUGGCGCUCGGGCAAGUGUAUGGGAGCAGGGGGGCACCCAGGGGGGCCAGCCAGCGGGGGAGACUGCUGUUUGUAAACCCCUGAGGCGGAAACAUGAGUCUCAUGUCUCCUCGGACACAGUGAACUCUAACGAAAGUCCCGUCCCAGAGAGCGGCGCUCCGAAACGGCCGCUGUCGUCCAUUCUGACGAGCGUGCCUGAGCUGGCUUCGGCUGACUCGGGGUCAGUUUUGAUCGCCCAGGAGAGCACAGGUGGAACUGAGAGCAACUACCUGACAGUGGGACCGACGGGAGAAAACGCAGACAUCAUCGCCAACGCAGGAGCCGUGGUCAGUGGGACCGAUGAACCCUGCUAUGAAAACGUCAUGAUUCACCAGUCGUAA